AUGCAUCAACUUCCUCAAGGAAGAAAUGUUUCUUCAGCUUUCUUCGUCCCAUGCCACAAUUACAAUCAGAUUUGCGAUCUUCUUCUUUCUUCAGCUCGCUCUAGAUCGACUUCUAAAGGACUUCAGCUUCAUGGCUAUAUCGUCAAAUCAGGCCUUUCUCUUAUCCCUCUCGUCGCUAACAACCUCAUUAACUUCUACUCCAAAUCCCAGCUUCCGCUUGAAUCUCGCCGAGCUUUUGAAGAUACCCCGCGAAAGAGCGCGACGACUUGGAGCUCCAUCAUCUCCUGUUUCGCUCAGAACGAGCUUCCAUGGAUGUCUCUCGAGUUUCUCAGGAGAAUGAUGGCGGGAAACCUUCGUCCUGACGAUCAUGUCCUCCCUUCGGCUACGAAGUCGUGUGGGAUUCUGAAUCGAUGCGAUAUCGGUAGAUCGGUUCAUUGUCUUUCGAUGAAGACUGGGUACGACGCGGAUGUGUUUGUAGGGAGUUCUUUGGUUGAUAUGUAUGCGAAAUGUGGAGAUAUUGUUGAUGCGAGGAACGUGUUCGACGAAAUGCCUCAGAGAAAUGUUGUAACUUGGAGUGGAAUGAUGUAUGGGUAUGCGCAAAUGGGUGAAAAUGAGGAAGCUUUGUGGUUGUUCAAAGAAGCUCUGUUUGAGAAUCUCGCUGUGAAUGAUUACUCGUUCUCUAGUGUCAUUAGUGUCUGUGCUAAUUCGACUCUUCUUGAAUUAGGAAGACAGAUUCAGGGUUUGUGCGUUAAAUCCAGCUUUGACUCUUCUAGCUUCGUGGGAAGCUCGUUAGUCUCGUUGUAUUCGAAAUGUGGUGUUCUCGAAGGAGCUUAUCGAGUUUUCGACGAGACGCCAUUGAAGAACCUCGGGAUUUGGAACGCGAUGCUCAAGGCCUGUGCGCAACACUCGGACGCUAAGCGAGUAAUCGAGUUGUUCAAACGUAUGAAACGCGAAGGAAUGAAACCGAAUUUCAUAACUUUCUUGAACGUGCUCAAUGCUUGUAGCCACGCGGGUUUAGUCGAUGAAGGGAGAUAUUACUUUGAUCUGAUGAUUGAUUCCAGAAUCGAGCCGACAGAUAAGCAUUACGCUUCCUUGGUUGAUAUGUUGGGACGAGCUGGUAAGCUACAAGAAGCGCUCGAAGUUAUCAAGAAUAUGCCAAUCGAUCCUACUGAGUCUGUAUGGGGAGCUUUGUUAACGGGCUGUACAAUCCACAAGAACACAGAGCUCGCGGCGUUUGCAGCAGACAAGGUAUUUGAAUUAGGACCAGUGAGUUCCGGUAUGCACAUUUCGUUGUCCAAUGCUUAUGCAGCCGAUGGUAGAUUCGAAGACGCAGCCAAGGCGAGAAAACUGCUCCGAGACAGAGGGGAGAAGAAGGAAACAGGGUUGAGUUGGGUUGAGGAAAGGAACAAGGUUCAUACAUUUGCAGCUGGAGAUAGACGCCACGAGAGAAGCAAGGAGAUUUAUGAGAAGCUGGCUGAGUUAGGAGAAGAGAUUGAGAAAGCUGGUUACGUUGCAGACACGAGCUUUGUUCUGAGAGAAGUUGAUGGAGAUGAGAAGAAUCAGACCAUAAGGUAUCACAGCGAGAGAUUGGCUAUUGCCUUUGCGCUGAUCACGUUUUCGGGUGAUAGACCGAUCCGUGUGAUUAAGAACCUGCGUGUGUGCGGAGAUUGCCAUAACGCGAUCAAGUUCAUGUCCGUGUGUACGGGACGAGUGAUCAUUGUGAGAGAUAACAAAAGGUUUCAUCGGUUCGAGGAUGGCAAGUGUUCUUGUAAUGACUAUUGGUGAAAAGACAAAUAAGAGAGUU